UAUAUAUUUACUUAUGUUAUAGCAAAUUUUAAUUCGGUAAAAAGUGUACAAGUGUUCAUCAAGUUGUACAAUUGAUAAAUGUAUGCAUAUGCUUACGUUACUUUCCACUUCAUCGUCACAUACACCGUGAAUAAAAUAUUUAAAUAGUGGAAAUAAUGUAAGAAACAUACAAAGUAAUAGAUCACUGGGUAUGUACGCUAUUACUAAAAAUGUAAAAGCACAUGCGUGAUACUUUCCGGACCAACCAGAGCCAACAUGCGCAGAAUGAAUGAAAGUCAACAAAUUUGUUGAUUUGAACAUACGAAUUUCUUAGGUUAAAUCUAUAUGUAUAUAACUUUUUAUUAUUUUUAAUGUAUUAAACUCUACACUUUAUUGAUGUUUGUAUAAAUAACUGUAAGAAAUGUUUCGUUCAAAGAUAUUUUCUAUUUUACAAAAUACGAUACACAGAAAUUUAUAUAAUAAUGGACAUCCUGGUAAAUGCGCAUUGUUUUCGUCAAAUACUUCGGAUACAACUUUAACAGAAUCAUCAAAAGAGGCUAUAAAUACAGACAUAAAUGUAGCUUCAGUAGAAAAUUCAACAGAAACUUUAACAGAUACCUCGAGUCAAAUACCAACUAAUAUUUCAACAGAAGCUUCAACAGAAAUCACAACUACAUAUGAAGAUACAGUUCAAGCAUCAUUCACAAAUACAUCCUCUGUUGAAAAGUAUCAACCAGAUAAACUGUAUAAGAAAAUAGAAAUAGAAGUAAGGGGACAUGAUCCUGCUGUAUUAAAAAGUUAUGUAACUUUUACUACUAUGGCAGCAAGACAUUUAGAACUUGAUGUUAGCAAUAUAGUCUCACCAAGAAAACCUGUUCACGAAAGAUUGACAUUGCUUAAGUCUGUUCAUGUUCACAAGAAACAUCGUGUACAAUAUGAAACAAGAACAUAUUAUAAAUAUUUUGAGCUUUUCAAAUUAACAGGUUCAACAGCAGAUACUUACUUAGAAUAUAUAGAAAGAAAUCUUCCAGAAGGAGUUGCAAUGAAAGUUACAAAGGUGGAAUUAAAUAAUUUACCAGAAACGGUUCAACAAGCAUGAUGGUUACAAUAACAAAUGUAGUUUGUUAUAUUACCUUAAGUUUUAUGAAUAGUAAAAUAAUUUAUACAAAA